CGGGCGGCCGGGCUGACUGUUCCGUCAGUGCGGCGGCUGCAGUCACCUUGCAAGCCCCGGAGCAGCGGGGCAGACCGACGGGGCUGCGGGGGGAUGGACAGGCGGGGGGGCUUCAGUGCAGAAAUGCAAAUUGCCACAGAUGAAAUGAAAAGGUGUACGGCCAGGCAGGAUCGGAGUUAGGAAAACCCAAGGAUAUCUUGUUUUAAAUACCCCUUUUUGUAAAACGAUGAUCGCAACUGUUCAAUAAGUGCCUUGAAAAGGGAACGGACGGGGAACAAUCCGAGUCCUAGAGGAAACUGCCAUUGCGAAGCUCGGUGGAGAGGGCAAAGUGGAGCGCCAGAGGACACUGAUCGUUUGGUACAGGUUAUCUGGUGACAUGACAGGGAGUUCAGAAGCCGAAUGGCCUGAGGGAAGAAGCUGUUCCUCAUCCUGAUCGUUCCUGUCUUUAUGCAUCGGAAUCUCCUGCCUAAUGGUAGAAAAACAGAGGAUGCUGGAUGGAUGGGUGCGAUCCUUGAUAAUAGUAGUGCCAUCUUCAAUGAAACUUGAAAACUACAGCUGCAUACCAAGGAAAAACACUAUUUGUGUCUUAAUUUGGGAAUGAAGUCCUUGACGCACACGAUAAAAGACUAAGCGGACAGUGUGACUGCUCGGCAGUCGAGAUGAGUGUGCUGGUCAACCUGCAAUGCUGCCUCCUCCUGUUGACAUCCGGUCACCUGCUGUGCACUCUAGCCCAGGGUGCAAACCACACCACUGUAAAUGGGACAGAGCAGACGGCCGGCCGAGUGCCUUUUAUUACGUCCCAGCUGGAUCACCUCAUAGCCAAAGAGGGUCUCAGUAUAACGAUAGGCUGCAAUGUCAGCGGGGACCCUCCGCCGCAAGUUCAGUGGUACAACUCCAAUGGGAGAUUGCUGACUCAGGAAGGUGGGAAGUGCUGGAUUUCGGAGAGUGGUUUGUUGAACAUCACUAUGGUGACUUUUGAGGAUCGAGGGAAGUACACGUGUGUGGCCUCAAACCCUUAUGGGACCAUCAACUACACGGUGACUCUAAGAGUCAUCUUCACCUCAGGGGAUAUGGGCAUUUACUACAUGAUUGUUUGUCUUGUGGCAUUCACUAUUGUGCUGAUCCUGAACAUCACCCGCCUGUGCAUGAUGAGCAGUCACCUCAAGAAGACCGAGAAAGCCAUCAACGAGUUCUUCAGGACAGAGGGUGCCGAGAAGCUGCAGAAGGCCUUCGAGAUUGCCAAACGGAUCCCUAUCAUCACCUCAGCCAAAACCCUGGAGCUGGCGAAGGUCACCCAAUUUAAGACGAUGGAGUUCGCCCGGUACAUCGAGGAGCUUGCUAGAAGCGUGCCCCUGCCACCACUCAUCAUGAACUGCAAGAUGUUCAUGGAGGAAAUAAUGGAGGCCGUCGGCAUGGACGAGCCAAGCCAUAUCUACGUGGGAGACGCACCAGCGAGACAGGAAGCUCAAGACGAGGUGUAUACCGUACCAAACUCUAUAAAGCGUAGUAACUCAUCGGCAGGGGACUCAGACGAGGCCUCCUUGCAUGAACAGCCUCAAAAAAUUGCAAUUAAGGUAUCGGUGCACCCCUUGACUAGUGAAGACAGACAGUCCCAGCAAAGGACCAGCCACCAUUCUGAGGAAGAUGCCAACGAGUCAGAGGCAAAGCUGGCCGCCUUCAACAAGAGCCCCGAAUCUGGGUCGGCAGAAAAUGUCAGCGACAUCGUGCCUGCUCCUUCUGUGAAGAGCAAUCACGUCACGGUGACUGUGACAGAAAACUGCAAGCAUGCCACACCGCCUGUGAUUCGGAAACCCUCCCGGGUUUUGUAUGAGAGCCACGUAUAGUGGGCACAGUCCUCAUAUACCCUUCUAGCUCUUAACAUUAAAACAUUACAAGACGAUCAUUGCAGAGGAGAAGCGAAUGUAAUAAGGCAUGUUUUACUUUACAUUCUAUUGCCUCAGAUUACUUUGGCCAUUACUGACAUCACAUCCGAAUAGUUGAUUUCUUUUGAAAAAAAAACAUUUAAUUUUUUUAUUGGCAAAAUCAUGUAACCAUCCAUCAAUAUUAUUUGCAAUGAAACACCUCUAGGUAAAUGUGUCACAUGACAUAACUAUCUUUUGAACUAUUUAAUCUGAUAAUUUGAGUUCACUAUUGCAUUCUCAGUUGAUCAGACUUAAUAUUAAGGUGUCACAUCAUAUGCUUCCUGCUGGGGUGUAGACGGGCUGGUAGAAAUUCAGUAUUUGUUGAAGUAAAUUACUGAAUACAAUAAAUAUUCAUGCACAAGGGUAUCAUCUAUGUGAUGGAGAAAACACUAAGUAAGUGCACAGGAGUACUGGAGGGUUGGUUUGCUGUAUUGGUUUAUUAUUGUCACAUUUACUGAAAUACAAUGAAAAGCGUUUGUCAACCGGGCAGAUCAUAUUAUACACAAUCACACAGAUAGUAAAAGAACAAAGUACAAGUGUAACUACUGUAGGAAUAAUGCAGCUUCCACCCAAAGCAGUGACAAAUCCUUUCCUCACCACAGAUGCCGCCCGGUCCCCGAGUCGUUACAGUAGAUUGUUUAUUACAUGUGAUGUAGAUCACAUUGUAGAGUCACAGAAACAGGCCCUUUGGCCCAUCUGCUCCAUGCUGACCCAAUCUUCUGCCUAGUCCCAACUUCCUGCACCCAGACCAUAUAGCUCUGGACCUUUCCCAUCCAUGUAGAAUAUGAUACAAAAUCCUUCUUGUACAGUGCUCUCCUCAUAUAUUAACACUUCCAUUCCCAGAAUCAUUCUCAUAAAUAGAUAUGGGGCUGAAAAUUACUCACACCAUUCCGUACUGCUGCGGUCUGACCAAUCCAUUAUAAAGCCUCAAAAUUACAUUCUUGCUUCUAUUGUGGUCAAUGAUUUCAUUACCUUGCAGCCAAUUGUGCAACAAAGACCACAGAACAGCAGAGUACAUGAACAGGCCCUUCAACCCAUGAUGUUGUGCUGAACCUGUUAAAUUAGUAAUCAAAUGGCCAGCUAAACUGAUCUGCACUGCUCUCAUGAUGCCCAUAUCCUUACAUUUCUCUUACAUUCAUGUGCCUACCUAAAAGACUCUUACGUAUCCAACGUUUUGGCCUCUACCAUCACCCCAGGCAGCACAUUCCCGGCACCCACCACUUUGUCUAAAAUCCAUGCCCCUCACAUCUCUUCUGAAAUUAUCCCCCCCUCAUCUUAAAUACCAGGCCUCUGGUAUUAGACAUUUCAACCCUUGCCUUUACAUUGCCUCUGCCUCGACCGGCACCCCAGACUUAGAGUUUCAGCAUUUUCAGUUUUUUGUUUGGAUUUAUAAUUCUAUAUUUUUGUCUUGACUUGUAAAAACCUAGCCUGGGUAACAGUGACAAAGUACUGGUAAAAACAAGUGAUUCUGCAGAUGCUGGAAAUCCAGAGCAACGCAAACAAAACACUGGAGGAAGUUGGCAGAUCGUUGAUGGAAAUGAAUAAAUAGUGUACGGUUGGGCGGAAACCCUUCUCCAGAGCUGGAAAGGAAGGGAGAACAGCCCAAGUUAGAAGAUAGGGGAGCGGAAUGAGUACAAGACGGCAGGUGACAGGUGAAACCAGGCGAUGGUCCUGAAGAAGGGUUGUAGCCCGAAACAUCGAUUGCUUGCUCUUUUCUAUAGAUGUUGCCUGAGCUGCUGGGUUCCGCCAGCAUUUUGUGUGUGUUGCUGAAGGGUGAGGUGGGUCUGUGGGGGAGAAGGGAAUGAAGUAAGAAGCUGGGAGAUGAUAGAUGGAAGAGCUAAAGGGCUGAAGUAGGAAUGUGAAUAGGAGAGGCUACGGAAGGAGGAGGGAAACCUGAAGUAGGUGUUGGGCAGGUGAGGAGAAGUGUAGUGGACGGAUGUUGGUAAAUCCAACUGUCUCCUGCUGGGAAGAAGUCCCAUUGUUUUCAUUGGUUCUGUGAUCUGAAUUUUUCAUAACAAGCAGUUAUAUCCAAGUUAGUUAGGAAUGCUUGAUCAUUCCAGGAACACCAACAUCCUUCCAGAAAUUAUAAGUGCCAAGAAUUUUCACUUAUUUUCAGAUUUAUGCACAAGAAAAACAAUUUGCACAUGAUAGAUCAAUUAGCAACCAUAAUGUAAUAGGUUCAGGUACAUGAAUCAUCUCAAUGUCUAAUGAUGUCACCUACUGUGGAGCAAUAAUAAAUUGGGUGUUGAGCCUCA